AUGGAGCAGAGCCGGUGGAGUCUCGACUCCGAUGAGAUGGCCUCGUGCCUACCCUCGCGGCCAUCAACGCCGCAGGCCGUCAAGGCCCUCCUUCGUUCCCCGGGGUCCCCCUUCAGGACUCUGGGGAAGAAGUUGAGCCUGACGUCCUUGUCUGUGCGGAGUCGAAAGGCUUCGCCAGACAGAGGGGAUGGCACGAGGCUGAAGGAUCACGUGAGUGAUGCUUCACAUUCUGUCGCACCCCUCUACAACAGACGUAGAGGCGCGUCUUUUCGGCCCUUGUCAAUUGUAACUGGGAAGCCGUUUGAAUUUGAUGUGAAUCGGGCAAUGGAAAUUGUCCAAAAUCACCCAAAUUCCUUCUCUCCAACCCGCGACCCUGUCAAGCAAAGCCACUCCUCCAACAUCAUGAAAGUCCCACGAGAAGACGACGAGAAGACAAUCAAACCUGCGCGAUCUUUCAUCAUGCCAGGGUCGGACCUCUCUUCUCAACCUGACAAUGUCGCACCCUCAUCUCCAGAAAGUGCCAACAAUGCCCAGAUUCAUCACACAGUCAUCAAAGGACCUUUCUCCCAUUUGACAAGAAUCCCAGCACCAGACAUCAGCCAGCAUCCAAUGAAUCAGCCUAAUCCCUUUACCUCCACGAGUGACGCGCCUCACCUGCUCACCACGUCUAAGAAAGAAGAGAUCAAGCGACUGGUGAAAGAGGCCAGACGACGAUUUGAUGAGAAGGAGCGUGAAGCUGAGCGUGAGGAGGCCGAACGUGAAAAGGCUGAACAUGAAGCUCGACUACAACACAGAAUCAAGUUCGGGACAUUGCCAAUGCCUGGAAACGCGUUUAUUAGAGGAAAUUACGACAAUGGCAAACUCCAAGAGCACCCAUUCAGCGCGAAGCCAAUCCUCACAGAAGACUCUAUGAGUCCACUUCGACCAGAGCCGUUCGCCUGUCGACCCAUCUUGUCUCGUCCGAUGCCUCGACAAAGCUCUGACACUGCGAACACGUACGAUCUCAGCAAGAACCUGUCAACAUUUCAAAUUGGUGCCGAGAACGUCCAGACUGAUAUCUUCAACGUCUCCAACGAAGGCUCACCCAUGGCUGGGACAUCGACUCCAGGCAGAACUCCCGUCGAUAGUGGCAAGUUAGUUGCUACUCCACUUUCAGAGGGAUUUGAGCAGAAGAAGUCUGGUCUCCGCAAGGUCAGUGGUUUGUUCAAGACAAAGUCUGAGAAGCCUCAGCCCGACUUUGCCUCGCCUCAGAAUACUGACAUGCUUCACCGACCCGAUCUUGAAUGUUAUCUGCGCACUGCCACCAACAAUCACAGCUAUGACUAUGAUGAAGGGCAGCCAUAUUCACGUCACCCAAACACAAGCCGGGCUUGGCACUCUCGCAAUCUCAAAUGCACCACUUGCCUCGAUGGCUGCUGCGCUGUCUGCGGUCGCGCUUGCUGUGCCUACAAAGCUGCGGCACUCGCCGUCAAGAUCCACAAGGACAAUCCAGAAUCCCUAAAGGCGGCAGAAGAGAGACUCCUGCAGAUUGCUUUCCUCUUCCCAUACGGCCAAGAAGCACCCACUUUCCUCCAAUGCACCAAGGGUGGCGAGAUCGGCUGCGGCAAGAUGGUCUGUCCCGAUUGCUGUGGAGAAUGCCCCAACCCGAUCUGCAAGGAUAUUCAAUGUCGAAAGUGCAAGAAGAACCCAUGGGCGGAAUGCUUGUGGCAUGAUGAGGACAUGAAUCGCCGCGCUCUUUGA